AUGCCUCCUGUUCGCAAAGCCGGGGAGAUACCCAGCGCUCCAGCGCUUCCCGGUACCCCAAACGCUGCCGCACCACAUCCAGGCGCAGCUGCGGUUCCGAAACUCCCCCCCCACCUUGCAUCGCUCAAUCCCGCCGUGACCAAGAUCUCGUAUAUCCCUUACACCGUACACUCAAAACCCGGAGCAACUACCGAUGGCGAAGAUGAGAAGCCGCCUGCCGAAGGUGCCACCGAUUCUGAAGACGCUGAUGCUUCCUCGCAGGUCAAAGUUGAAGACCCUGUGAAGCUGCUGACCCCUUCGGAGAUAUCCAUGUUGAAGGAGAUCAUGAAGCGUGAUGCUGCAUACGAUGCGCUACACCGAACCAAACAAGCACGUAUAGUCCACGAGUUGCGCACGCUCGGUCCUGCGUCGCGAAGCGCCUGGUGGGAGCGUGAUCAUGUUCCAACCAUGGGCAUGAACCGCAGACCCGAACGGUUCGAUGUGAGAUAUCCAAGAGUCCCCAAUGUGGACCGGGGCUCGAAUACAAGUUCGAGGAAGAAGGGUGUGAGGAGAGAAGGCAUUCGGAUACCCAGGAAGCUCCCUCCUGAGCUGGCCAACCGCCCCGAGCAACUCGUGCCGAUCAGACUCGAGUUCGAUGUGGAGCAUCAUAAGAUGCGCGAGACCUUUGUAUGGAAUUUGAAUGAUCCCGUCAUCACCCCCGAGCAUUUUGCGCAGACGCUCAUUGAGGAUUAUGCACUGCCCCAGAGUUAUCACGGUGUCAUCGUGAGAGCGAUUCAGGAGCAGCUGGGCGAUUUCAAGGCUCACAUUGCCAGUACGGACGCCGAAGACGCUACCAACGACUAUGAUCGCAAGUUACUUGAAGAUGAUGACCUGACCAUGGUGGACCGGGGUAGUCUUGACGAUGAAGACGUCAAAUGGUGGGAAUCAUGGCGCAAACGAUCACGGCAAGAAAGCGCAUUUGCUCGCAGCAUAUCCUUGAGAAAUAGCCGUAAACGGCGCAAGGUGGCAUCGGUCAAGGUUGAGGAAAGCGACGCAUUCGAGACUGACAAGGAAAGGCCACACACUGCGGACGAGAUCGAGGUCGAUGAGAAGACGGUGCAUGAGGAUUUACGUAUCUUGAUCAAGCUUGACAUCAUAGUCGGAUCUAUGAAGUUGGAUGAUCAAUUUGAAUGGGAUCUUGAGAAUGUCGAUGCCUCCCCUGAACAGUUCGCGGACGUGUAUGCGAAAGAGCUGGGUCUUGGUGGGGAAUUCAGAACGGCCAUUGCGCAUUGCAUACGAGAACAAGUUCAAAUUUAUCAAAAGUCGCUGUUCCUCGUUGGCCACCCCUCAGAUGGAUCGCUUGUCCAAGACGAUGACCUGCGCAUGUCCUUCCUGCCCAGUCUCACAUCCGGUGCCAGAAUGAUGGAUCAAGUACCGUCGUUCACACCGCUGCUCAACUAUCUCAGCGACGGCGAGAUUGAACGUAGUGAGAAGGAGAGGGAGAAAGAGCUCACCAAGCGCAGGAAACGGAAUACACGAGGCCGUCGAGGUAUUGCGUUACCUGAUCGGGAGCCUAAUCGCACGUACCGCACACCUGCUAUCGGGUUCCCAGAGCUGGAUGCUGCAACCCUUGCGUUGGCCGCCGCGAAUGCGCCGACUUCAAGACGUGCUGCGGCCGCCGCUGCUUCUCUCACGAUUGCCAACAUGGUGGCCUCAGAAAAUGGCACGAGCGUCAUGCCGCUGCAGUUGCCUCCCCAGCAGAUCAUAGCUACUGUCGCUGCUGGAAAAGAGAAGAAACCUAAAGGGUUGUUCAAGGCACCUUCGUAUCCUUCUUCCGUGCUUCGUCCUCGUGCUCAGGUCACUGCUCCCACACCGUCGACAGCGGUCGAAUCAACGUCAAUGCUGCCUUCAUCGUUUCUUGACACUGAGGCACCCGCCUCCUCAGUUAGUAUCCCUCCCCCUGAUUUGCGAGCUGUUGCAAAGAAAGCCAAGGAGCUCGAAAGGGAGGCCAAGGAAAAAGAGUUUGUCGAUGGACAGCAUGCUAAUGUUAUUAACGGGGUGUGGCACUGCUCGAACUGCGGGUGUCCGGAGAGCGUUGCUAUCGGACGAAGAAAGGGCCCAUUGGGCGACAAAUCGCAAUGUGGCACAUGUGGUAAAUUCUGGCAUCGACACCGCAGACCCCGCCCUGUAACAUAUAACCAGGAUCCCGAUUACCAUUUGAGCCUCAGGCACGAAACAGAACAGGUUAAAAUCGGGGUGAAACGAAAAGGACGAGCGCCGAAUUCUCAGUUGGCUGCUGAUGGCCAAGAUACGCCUAGUCGACAGAAAUCAGACGUCUUUGUCGAUAUCUCUACUCGACUGCCUGUGGUGGCUUCCGAAGACGACAGAGCCAUGUCGCCAGUAUCGACUGCCUCUAGUGAUACAGAAGCUCCUCUUGCCCAACGCGUUACAAAAACCAAUGGUGCCAACCAUGCAGGACCCGCGUCGUUACCUGGGUCGCCACAUCCAACAAGCAACGGGGCUGCACAUCCUACUUCGCCCAGGGAAAGUAGUGCUCCAAUUUCAAACGGCUUAUACGUCAGCGCCGCUCCGCCAUGGCUAACUACAGCAAUUCGUUCGCUUCAGGACCAAUACCCAGAUGAUAAGUUCGAGGCAAUCCUACGUAGACAGAGCCCACGUGCUGUACCAGAGUGGAGGAUGAAAUGUCUGGAUUGCCCUGGCAAGCUAUAUAACUCUGGGCCUGGGGAUACGCUGUCGAACUACGAAGUCCAUCUUAGAAACCGACAACAUCGAUUACGGGUGAACGCUCGUCUGACGCAGGCGUUAGCAUCAUAG